GCAACAUAUGAUUUCAGUCUUUUGAGUUGGGUCGUGUUGUCGCGCUUGUUAGCUGGCGUGGAAUAUAAAGACAGCAAUAGAACCAAAAUCAAUUGAGUCAAGAAUAGAGACUUUAAAUAUAGUUUAAAAGGACUGAAAAAGUUAUGAAACUGUUCAUCCAAAAUCACACAUAAUAAAAGUGUUUAAUAUUUGUGCAAUCGAAGUACUGUGAAGAAUUGAAAAAGAACUGUUUUUUACGAAAGUCGUUUUUGAUACCCGUGUUGGUGAUAAAAAUAUAUUGUCAUAAGCGAAAAUUUCGUGUCAACAACGUCAACGCUGCAGUUAACAAACACUAUAUCCAUCAGAUUUAAAAAAAAAUCCUUCAAAAGUGAACAAUUAGAAUCCAUUCUGAAAGCAAAACUCUCAAUUCUCCAACAAUCAUGUCUUUAGCUAGUGUUCACGGACCGCAAUUUACUGAUAUCUGCAGCCCAUUGGGACGCAGCAGUAUUAGCAUGUCCUCAUCAUUGUCUGAUUUGGUCGGUAGUCCGUUGGAAAUUUCCGUGGAUAAUGUCCUUACUAUUGAAGAACUGCGUCAGCACAUGGGCUCAUGUUUUACAUGCGGCGUAUCCUGGACCGAUGACCAUGUUUCCCUCGACUGUAGUGAAUGUGGAGGCUACAGCUUAGAGCGUCCCUGCCCACUAUGUGAUGGUCAAUGUGGUGUGCUCUGGAAGCGUGAUUUCACAAUGUCGCAUGCCUAUAGCAAAGCUCGAUGGCAUGGUGUGUGUCCCAGUUAUCAGGAGGCCAUGGCACAUUUAAAUCCCCACGAAUCUGCUGCUAUCGUCACAUCUUCCGCUGCGCCAUCUACAUGUGCCAACGCAGCUACGCAAAUGCGUUUGGCCCAGGAGCUGUGUCUACGUUUGGAAGAGCUUUCAGCAAGUGCUCAUACGUGAUAAUACGUCGAGCAAGGUCCUACAAGUUCCUCAAUUUAUUGUUAUUCCAUUUUCAUCUGAAUUGAAGAAAACUUUAAUCAAUCAGCGCAUGCUUCAUUUCUCAACUGUUUACUGAUCUACCUGAUAGUUAUUUAGUUUUCAACUUGCUUAAUAAAACUCGACUAAUAUUAUUUCCCUAUAACAUAAUAAUUAUAAAUAAAAUUUUGCGUAAAGCCUGCCUCAUAAAAACUGCUCCAUGCCAGAUUUCAGAAUUUAUGUUUAUAUAAUAGCUUAUAGAAUUUCUCAUAUUGUUAUUGUAAGUUAUCUUCCUUCCAUACAGAUAUGUACAUACAUAUUUAGAAAAGAAAGUAAAUGCGUAAUUUAUAAUGUUUUUGUUAACCUAAAUGAGUAUAACUAAAUGCGACGGAGUGGUUGUUACAUUUUUAAAAGUAUAUAUGGGGGUUUUUGGCGGAAUCAAAAACCUGAAAGCUCACAGAAUACAUAAGGAAAAGUUAAUUAAGAAUUGGUAUUUACAGAUUUGUGGAAGGGUGUUCGGAGUUUUAUAGUCAUUUAUGAAAUCUACUGAAUUUAUAUUAAUUUUGAUCUUGAAGACAUUUGCAUUUUGUGUUGAUAUAAUACUUUCAUUCUUAAUACAAUUAAAUAUUGAAAUACUUAUGCUAAAAUCGAAUUUAAGUCGACAAUUUGGAUUUCCAACAUGGACAAAGGCUCUGCCUUAUAUAAAUAUAUACAUUUCGAAUGCUCAAUUGAUAAGUGCUGUGCCGUACUUAUUUAUAUGAAUAUAAUAUAUUUGCGGUUUAUAAAUUUGAGCUGAAGUAAAUGUAUAACGCAACCAAAUCUUUUUAGAUUUUCUGUGAAAAUCUGUCUAUUUUUCCGUUGUAUUUUAAUAUAUUGAAUAUAAAUAUAUUGUUUGUAGUUACAUAUUAUUCCGUAAUAUUAAUUUAUAUGUAUAGUUCAUAUGUUUUAUUUGUAUAUACUUAAUAAAUAAUUUCAAAAAUCUUCUUAAAAUCUGUUUGAUUCAAUUUCCACAGUAUUUUUAAAUGGAGACAUCCAUUUGAUGUUCCACUUUGAUACUUGUAAAUUGCGAGAGUAUAAGAACUUAAAUAGAUGAAUGUACUGUUACUUCAUAAAAAAAUUGUUUCAUGGCGCAAGCUUUCAUUUUCAGUUUUUAAUCGUUUUGUAAUAAUUAGCAUGUGUUUCCUACUGACCUUUUUUUUUCUUUACUUAGUUGUUUUAGACUCUUAUAGCUAUACUGCAGCUUACAAUUAUUACUGCGGUAACGAUGAUUGGUGUGAGAAAGGAAAACAUAUAAUGUGUGAUCCAUCGGCAAUUGAAAGCAUAGGUAAAUUUAAACGGCAUAUGCCAUCGACUUUUAAAAUUAGAUAUAUGUUCUUGGAACUUCACAACCAGCUUCGUAAUCAAGUAGCUGGUCUGGAGAAAGCAACACGUAUGCGAAAUCUCAUUUGGGACAGUGAGUUAGCAUUCCUGGCUCGUACAUACACCGGUUUAUGCCCAAGCAAGCCGAGCGUAUGUCAUAAAACGGCACGUUUUGAAAAAGUUGGCCUCAAUACAUCAAAGCAAGAUGGAUUAAAUCGGGUAUCAUUAAAUACCCUUAUGACGACUACAUUCCAAAUAUGGCGGAAGGAUGAUUCUACUUUUUACAAAGUGCUCACGCACGAUCAGGCGUCUCGUGUAGGGUGUGCCAUAGGUUAUUGUGUAGACUGCCCGGAAGGUAAAGAUCAUUGUUAUUUCAUAUCUUGCUAUUAUGAUAUGGAUUAUAAAGAGGGCGUAGAAGUAUAUGAUAAGGGAGAAAAAGCAGCUUCGAAAUGUAACGUUUGGGAUUCGGUUCAGGACAAAAAAUAUACAAAUCUCUGUCGUAAUACAGGAAAAAUAUUUUAGAAAAUACAUGAAGCUUAAAAAAAUGAAGUUAUGGAAACACACAUAUAACUUUGAGUUCGCAUUUACGAUCUCAUUAUAUUCUACAUAGUUUUAUCAUUAAUAGUUAUUAGAAGUUUAAUUAAUAGUAACUAACGUAAAUGAUUAA